CUAAACAUUUACACAUUUGAAGACAACUAAACCGCCGUUGACGAUGAGAUGUGUAAGCCUAAGUGGCUUCCAAAUCGCUCAGGCAUAAUACAUGAAUCUUUGGUAGGGCACAUGCAUAGGACAAGAUGGAAUGGGAUUAAUCCAUGCAGUUUGCAUCACGUCUCCCAUUUACCCCCACCAAGUACGCGUUGUACGCGUGCAUACCGACGUUUGGAACAUUCGCAUGCUAUAUGUAAGCAGAUGGGCCAAGUAGGACUACGGCGUGCAUAGCCCAGGCUGCCCAGAGUGGCCGAUUGCCCGGUCAGCCACAGCCGGAUUUCCGUAUUACAGUACUUACAUGUUUGCAUAUACAUACGCGGAAAAGACAUGCUGGAAAGAGAUUCGGUGUUGAAUCUGAAUUGCAUAUCUUGAUAGGUACCUUAUAAAACUGACACAUCACCAAUCAUAUUUGUAGUUAUUAGAAUGGGCUUCGAUGCUUUAUCAAAGCUUAAAAGCGCGGGAUUGGCUACAGAAGAAUAUCUGAAAGAGAAAUGGGAGCGCAGAAGAUCUCGGGAAAUCCUAGCGACGAAGGAAGAUGCGGCUAGAGCCGAACAAGACAGGCUCCGACAGGAGAAGGAUAACUUUCUCAACUUGGUCGUAGCAAAGAUUACGGGAGAGUCGGUCGUUGAGAUGCCGCCGUUAGAAUGCAACCCGACAGCGUCUCAUAAGGCCGUCUUUCUGGUCACCAUUCCAAUCGAGUUCGGUGUGUUUGAGUUAUCAAAGAAUUCCUAUAACUUGCUUGCCAAACAUGUCGGCAUGAGUCUGAACAGUGUCAGUCAUUGGGCCCUAUGCGUGAUUGACCGUAGCUUCAAGCCAUCCUACUGCUACGAUUUGAUGAGUGACCAGCUGGCACUCAACGCUAUUGGCAAGAAUUAUUUUCGUGUGGCAGAGAUCGUUCCUGCAUACAUCGAGACAUGGAGCUCAUGUUAUUAUGUUGGGGAGACAACGAAGUCUCAUCAAGAAAUCCAAGAGCUAGGACUUCACCACAUGGCACUACACCCACGUUAUAAUCUCUUGACAAGCAACUGUCAGGACUUGGCAGAAAGUCUUGUCAGGCAACUGUGCAAUGGCAAAGUGAUCAGCCAAGCCAAAUUGAACGAGGAGCUGUCUUUGGUAUCACCAAGGCUUGCUCUAGAUCUUAUGGUGGCACGGUUGAGGUCUAAAGUAGAAAUAUCGAAAGAACACGAGAACAGCGAAACCGUUAAGAAAGAUAUGGACAUCAUCAAAGGAUUGCUCCAUAAAGUCCACCAUCGGUAACCAAUUCUACCUUACCUUUAAAAAGAUGAAAGCAACAGUAAUUGUACAAUUGUGAAUGAGUAUGUAAAUAAGAUUGUGCCGCCUAUCUUGACAAUUGUAUAGGUUAUUUAAUUGAAAAUUCUAGGUGGACUUCAAGGUACUAUGUAUGAGAAUAUACGGCGCACAGA